GCACGAGCAAGCCUGCGAGCAGGCUUUUGAAGACUUCAAAAUGGCAGCCGUUUCGAACAGUACUAAAGUCGAACAUGAUGCAAAAACGAGAGGAAUUAUUCUUCAUAUUGUCGAGCAGAUCAAAAGCCAAGGUGUAUUCGAUAGAUUUAGACGCGACUGCCUUGAAGAACUUGACAGCAAGGAGCCGUAUAGACAAUUAAAACAGCGAGUUGAAAGUCAUGUGGCUACUUUCUUAUCCAAGCAAACUUUCAGUGGAAAUUUGCCGAAGAAUCAACUCCGUACGAGUCUCAGGGCAAACAUCAACCAAUCAGAGGUUUUGUCGAAAGGUGUUGAUCGUCUUCUUGAGCAGGUUAUGGUGGAGAAAAGUACAAGUUUCUACAAGGAUAUAGAAAAUCUUGUCGAAGGGCAUCUUGUAAACAUUGGUCAUUACACUCGAUACGACAAGACGACGAAAUCCGAUGGCCACGCUCGGUCUGACGUCGUGAAGUUGAGCGACAAGGAAGUUGAAGACAUCAUACAGGAAGAAACAAACAAACUCUUGGAAGCACAAGAAAGUGAAAAAUCUAAAACAGUUGCUCAUAGCAGCGGAAUAAACACUCCUCCACCCGGAACAAGUGGCGAAGCAAUCGAAGUGGAAACUAUGAAUGAAAAUGAAGAUGAUAAGACAACUACUUAUAGUGGCCUGCUUUUGAAGAUCCGUACUCCUUUAACUAGCGUUGAUAACGUAAACGUGCCAAAGAAUUAUGUUGUAAACGUGGCUAAGAUUGAAGCUGAAAGUACAAGUCAUCUCGAUGACCAAAAUAAUCUUGCUAUUAAAGAGAUCAAAGAUGUCACACCAUCAUCAAGCUCCUCUUCUUCUCAUUCAGAAAGCGUUCGAGCCCCUUACUUAUCUCCCGAGUCUGUCUCUACUGCAGACACAUUACCGUCUCACGAUGUCAAGUUAACUGAAUGUAUCAGUGAAUCAAAGCUUAAAACAUCUGAAAAGAAUGCUGUUGACAAGGCUUGGGAAAAAUCACCUGAAGUUCUCUCGAUUUCUUAUCCUCAAGACAACAAUAUGCGCGAAAUCUCGACUUUAAAACAUGAGCUGAUGGAAAAUGAGGACAAAAGCAAAGAUGUUGGGGAAAUCCCGGCAGAAAAUGUUGAUGCAUAUGAAGCUAUUCAUGGCACAGUGACUGAUGUCAAAGAAGAAACGAUCGAGGGUGGUUCAAUAGGCUCUAACGUGGAGGCUUCUAAAACAAUAUCAAUGAAAUCGGAAAACAGCAAACUUAAUAUUGAAACGAAUCAAUCAGAAGUAAAAGCUGACAAAGUAAUAAAAGAAAGAAAGUGCGUGGAAUCUACCGCUAACGAGCCCGCAAAGAAAGCAUCGCAAAAAUCAUCGUCAAAAUCUCUCUUUUUGCAUUCUGCAACUAAAGAAAAAUCCGAACAGGAUUUGUUUACAGAAAGGUGUCAAAAAAAAGAAUCCGAGAAAAAAAAUAUUAAAAAUUCAAAUGUCGAUGAUGUGACUGAGUUGUCUGAUUCGGACUUUACCGUGAGCUCCGUUCAUACGAGCGAUCUAUCGUCGCUGGAAGACAGUGAUAUGGAGUACGAGGAUUACCAAGAACUCGUGAUGAAAAAAAAUGAAGAGAAAAGAUCUCGUGGUGAGUUAAAAGGUAUCGCUGAUAUUGAAAGAAUUAACGAGACUCACAUUAAAGAAGAUUGUGUAGGAAAUCAUUCGGUUGCUGAUGAAAAAAGGGGCAAGAUUGCGAUCGAUACAUACGACAAGGAAGAUACGAAAGAAGAGAUGGUUCGUGAUACUCGUGAUCCUGGCUCAAGUUCUUCAGUAAAUCACACACAUAAAAAACGUAGCGAGGGAAAAGUUAAAAGUCGAAGCGGGGAGAACGAGACUUGCUCGAAGCUGUUACUUAAAGCCGCUCGUGAUAAACUUAUUGAUGAAUCGCUUGGAAAAAAGACCUCGGGUCACUCUAAUAAAAAGAACAGAAUAAAAAAUGAAGGCGAGGACGGAAAGGAGAGAUCGUACAAUCCGAAAGGCGUUAACACAAAGAGACGGAAAGAUCGUGACACUAAAAGGAAUGAGAAUAUUUCAAGUAGUGAAGGAACAUGCGAGGUUUACGAUCUCUUAGAUAAGAAAGCUGACGCGAGUUUGUCGAUCGCUUCUGGCGAGCAAGGCUCCGACAGAGAUGAAAAUGUUACAAAGGUGCUAAAUGAAAGUCUGGUUACCAUGGAAAGCAAUAAUGACGACUCCAACGCAGAAACUCAAUUGGAAAAUAUGAAAAUGAAGAAACGCAAUCAAUCUGAUGAAGUUGUAAUGGCGAAGAGAAAGAGCACAAUAAUUGAAUCGGAUUGUGAUGCUGCCCCUAUAGAAACCGAUGAACUGGAAACUUACCCCAUUACAAAUGCCAGUGAACAUAAGCAAUCAAUUUCAUUUUCGGAAUCUUCGGAUGACCUCUGUCAUGAAAAACGUACGUUUAAUAAAUUGGCGCCACGGUCUACUAACGAGUCGGCCGUCUUUGAACCGAUUGAGCCCGAUAAAACGGCGGUGGUUUGUGUACGAGAAACUUCGGAAGAAAGUGAGCUCUCUCGGCAAUUCUCUUGUGAUGCAACUUUUGAUGAUUAUGCGUCGGAUGCUGAAAGCAAUGUUGAAGAUACUGAAGUUAGAAGUUUUCGUUUAGGUAAGCGAAGGUUUUCUCGUCAACGCUCAAAUGAAACAGAAAGAGAAGAGUCGAGUACUUCUUCGACACCAAGCCAAGAACAAAAAGACGCAGUUCCCCAACGCCGCUCUGCAAGAAUUACUUCAAAAGAAAAGACUAAAGGUGACGAAGAAAACAUGGAGUCCACUGCAGAAUCGUUAAGGAACUCGCGACGCAGUCGUUCUUCUCAGGAAAAGACAAUAGAAGUUAAAGGUGCAAAACUAGUUGACGACAAGCAACGUGAAAGAGCCGAAAAACGCUCUUUAAGACUGUCCAGUGAUAGCGCGGAUAGCGAUAUUAAACCAUCCAAAAGAUCCAAACGAGCUGUAAAGCCUACACGAUGCUAUUCGCCCAGCGAAAAUAGUUGAGUUAUUGCCUGUCGCGUAUUGAUUUCACUUUAUAAAUAGGCAGUCAUUUAUCAAUAAUAAUGAUAUUUUCUGUCAAUGUGUAUAA